CGCCGCGCCCCUUUCGGCGUCUGUCAGGAAGUGAAUUAAAGAAAAAUAGGAGCGCAAAACCGCGGAGACCGUGGGGCGCAGCGGGUCAAACAUACAGGGGCCGAUUUGGAGUUUUUACCAGUAAACUAGGAAUCUGAAUGCUGCAUAUCCACGGACAACACUGCAAAAAUGCUCAUUAAAGAAUUUCGAGUCGUCCUCCCCAUAUCUGUGGAAGAAUACCAAGUGGGUCAGCUGUACUCUGUGGCUGAGACCAGUAAGAAUGAGACGGGUGGAGGAGAAGGGGUGGAGGUGCUGAAGAAUGAACCCUAUGAGAAGGAUGGAGAGAAGGGCCAGUACACCCACAAGAUAUAUCACCUGCACAGUAAAGUGCCAAACUAUGUGCGCAUUCUGGCACCAUCAACUGCUCUUAACAUCCACGAGAAGGCCUGGAAUGCUUACCCCUACUGUCGGACGGUUAUUACAAAUGAAUACAUGAAGGACAAUUUUCUGAUUAAAAUUGAGACGUGGCACAAGCCCGACAUGGGGGAUCAGGACAAUGUACACGGACUAGACCCAGAGCAAUGGAAGAAGACUGAAGUAGUCUACAUUGACAUCGCUGACAAAACCCAAGUGGAUGCCAAGGACUAUAAACCAGAAGAAGAUCCUGCCAUAUUCAAAUCAGAGAAAACAGGCAGGGGCCCCCUGGGGCCUAACUGGAAGAAAGAGCUUCCCAGCAACACAAACUCUCCUCACAUGUGCGCCUAUAAGUUAGUCACAGUCAACUUCAAAUGGUGGGGGGUCCAGAACAAAAUUGAGAACUUCAUUCAGAAGCAAGAGAAGCGAUUGUUUACAAAGUUCCACAGACAACUGUUCUGUUUGAUUGAUAAAUGGAUCGGACUGACAAUGGAGGACAUUCGACGUAUCGAAGAGGAGACCCAAAAAGAGCUGGAUGAGAUGAGGGUGAAGGAUCCAGUCAAAGGGAGUUCUGCUUCAGAGGACUGAGACUGUGACCCAUCUGUUACUGAGACACCAGCAUCUCUGCCCUGCCCCAGUCCUUGGGAAUUAUAUGGCUGUAUGCAGACUUGACCCAAGGCUCUCUUCAUCUCUGUCCCAGUCCUCUAAGGUCCUCCUAUACUGUCCAGGCAAACCAUGGAGAGGCCCCAGCAGCCCAGAGGUCCACAGGCCCCAGCAGCCCCAGAGGGCCAUCCCAUUCCUAACUAAUUAGGUCAUUUGUCCAUUUUUUUUUUUUUAUGGGAAUUUUGUUUUAGAGUUGUAAUGAUAGUAUUUUCUAUUGUCUUAAGUCCUCCAUGUGUUUUGUGGACAAAGCUGAAUUUGUUGGUUUCUCCUCCUGUCUUUCAAAACACGCUGUCUCUUGUCUCUGUAUUCCCCUCUUGGUUACAGUAAAUGUUUCUUGCCCGCGGCCAACCGGACAACCUGCAUCAGCAGGCUGAAAUCCUGUUGUAGUGUUAUGGCUUUGGGCUUAGGGAUUUUUGGGGCAAGGAAUAUGGAACAAUGUACCUGGUCUCUUCUUGAAUAGAGAUCUGAGUAAAAAAAACUAAAACAUAUCAUGUACUGUAUUUUUCUGUAUUUAUUCACAGGUCAUUUUCUCUGUUGGAUUGUGUAACACUUUUGUGCUUUAAUGUAUGGAGCGACAUGUAGUUGUUCUAUACGACCUAUAUUAUUCAAUAUUAAAAACAAUAUAUUUAUA